AUGCCCAUAUGCCUGGACACCACUGGGACGACGUUCGUGUACAGCCUCUACGUAGAGAGCAUCCUCCUUGCCACCUCCAGCAUUGCCCUCCAGGGCAGAGAGGCAGUUUGCCGCUGGACGUUGAAGGGAGUCGAUGAUAAGUCCACUCCCUUCCUUCUUCUUUGCGAGCCUCACGGAUGGCAAGGGUUCUGCUCCUUCGUUGUUGUGUCAUUCCCGACUCCUUCCCAGCGCUCGCUCUGCCUCCGGCUGGCGGUGAGCCGGGUGUCAGCGGGUCUUUCCUCGCUGCCUCUUGCUGCGGACUUUGCGGUGGCCUUCGUCGACAUCGCAGACCUCAGUGGCGAGGAGCGGUUCAAGGUGGAUCUUCUGGAGCUUCGCAACUCAGAGCUCCAGGUGGUGGCCGUGGCCAAGCUCCACUCUGCAGCACAGCACCGGUGGACUCCCGAGCCGAUGCCGCCACCGUCACAG